AAAGCCGACCGUAGAUUUCAAGAUUUUUGGGUCUGUCGCAAAGGCCAAUACAACAUCUUUUUAGGCCUUAUAGCUGGUCCCUUUAAUUAUAUAUUUUGUGUUUGCAUAGUAAAAUAAUAUUUGUUCAAUCUACAGUAUGUACUUUUUGUAAACACCGCAUAUACUUUAUACAAAACGCAUUUAGAUAUUUAUAUAUUGUGCAAGUCACUCACGCUCUAGUGCACUCGAACGUGAUUAUUUUUAGACCGACGACAACUUCAAUUGUAUUCCCUAUCACACUCCAAAAUGCUCAAGGUGAUAUUUUACAAUACUCGUUUAGGAGUCCUCUUUUAUGAAAUACCCGUGUAGUGUGUGUGUAUUCGGUGAAAAACACGCGAAAUCCCCAUUUAGGGUGUAUAUUGGCUACAUUUCUGCUUUGUCGCUGAAUUCACACAACAACGGUGAGGUAGAUGAAAGAGACUCUGUCGACAUGACGGAGACAAUUGAAGCAGAAGAAGGGAGGAACAUGACGCCGUCCACACCUCUCUCGUCGCCCACGCAUUCAAACUCCACGUCGACUAUGGAUUCAAAGUCCAGGAGGGGGUCAGAAUUAGGACCCUAUGAAACAGGACCCCGCGCUUGGAUCGUCAUCGCCGCGUACUUUUUCCUGCAUUUAAUCGAGAUGGGCAUCCUCAAAAGUUUUGGCGUACUCGUCAGUGAACUCGUCGUCCAGUUCGAUACAAACCCUGAAAGUCUUGGAUUCAUCAUCGGUCUUUACCAUGGAAUCUCAUAUGUUUUGGCUUCUUUCAUCGCACCUCUGUCAAAGCAAGAAGCAUUGGUAAGGCCGUUGAUGUUAACUGGAUGCUUCAUUAUGGGCCUCAGUCUCUCGCUAUCAUCAAUUUCACCAAAUAUUGCCUGGUUCACUGUUGCAAUGGCCGCCUCAGGAGUUGGGUUUUCCCUCAUUGCGGUGAUGACCUUUAUGGUUUUCAGCCUGUACUUCGACAGGCGCUUUGCUAUUGCGUUCGGGAUGGGUGAUGUUGGCUGUGCCGUAAGUGUUGUAUUACCGUUAGCUACUGAGAAGAUUCUGGAAUGCUAUGGGUGGAGGGGAACAAUCCUUAUAUUAGGAGGAAUAGCUUUUAACAUGUUCAUCUUCUGUGCCAUAUUGCGAGAUCCUAGGACGCUAGGGAAACGAAGAGCCAAAGGUGCUUUAUAUUCAGAAGUGAAAGAAGAGGAGGGUGGUUGUCAUGAACUUGCCGAACCAAACAAGGAUAUAGCUAAGGAAGAAUUUCAGUAUGAUCCUUUACAAGUAUCUGUGGAAGAUCAGCCACAAAUUGUGAAGAGCCAUAAACUGAAAGAUUUGUUGCUGAGACCAAUCCGAUGGCUAUGGCGUGUACUUGAUUGGUCGCUAUGUCGGGAUGAACCUUACCUCAUUUGUAUCUUUCUUGCUACGUUCAUCUUCGGUAUGAUCACUACGGCAUGGUAUAUCUUCCUGAUAUCUCAUGCGGUUGCUAAAGGUAUCACCCUCUCUAGAGCAGUUCUUCUUUCCGUGGCCUCUGGAGCCGGUGACGCCGUAGGAAGAUUCUCGCAGGGUCCUAUUAUUCACAAUCGCUGGAUGACUUGUUUAGGACUGUUCAUGGUGUUAGCUGGACUGAACAGUGUUGUGUUUUUCUGUGAUCCUCUCCUGGAGAGCUUUGAAUGGCUGGCGUUUGGAACAUUGCUGAAUGGCAUCUUCUUCGGAAGUCAGAUGUCCCUGUCGGCGAUCAUGCUUAAGGAGUACACGCCACCUUCAAGACUGCCGACGUCAUACGGUUUGUCAUGUGUAGCGUUUGGCCUCUCCGAACCCAUUGGCGGAUUCACGGCAGGUUGGAUUGCGUCCGUUCUUGGAUAUGACAUGAUGUUCGUUUUCCUGGGUGGAUUAGGUGUUGUCUCCAUUAUAUCUCUUGUUCCAGCCUAUAUACAUUACUGUAGACCAUCUAAAAACACCGCUGUAGAAGAAACCAAGUGUGAAUAAACUACAUGUACAUGCUCACUCUAUAGAAAGUGUAGCAUAUGAAAUGAAUUUUUUUUUUUGCAAUUGUAAAAACAUGCUUCACAAGAACUAACAUUCUUCGUACAAGGUAUAUAUUUAUAUUGAUACGAAAUUUACGUUGAGACAAAACAUUUCAAGGUUUACACGCCAUUAAAAAAAAACAUGUUGGAAAAUUCUCUUAGCUUUUAAAAGGAGAGUCUUAUUUUUUGCUUGAAUUUCAAUUUGGCACAAUAGCCGGUCUUCAAGAAUAUAGCAGAGAUCUUAAAACGCUAUUAAAAAGAAACAAACAAACUAGCAAA